CAGUGACAGAGAAUUAACAUAUUAACCGGAAACACUGACAUUAGGAUCGAUGAAAGUUUUCUUGGCACCUAAAUGGAUGAACUGUCGGAGUGUCUGCAUGUGGAAGAUCAAUUGAAAUUAGGACUCGGAUUCAUACGCACUGUUAUUGGGGUUCUAGAAGCAUUACAUGGGAAGUGUUUUGAAACUUCUGUAUUUGCUAACAUUACCUCAUUGAAAACGGCAAGAAAUUUCACUUUAUAAGCCUAUAAGAAGACAUCUGAAAAUGUCAGAAGUUGAAAACAACAGCAACACAAACUCCACCGACCAUCUGCCAAAGGACUACAGAUCUGCUCUUUUGGUCAUAUAUGCAUUAAUAUUGCUGGGUGGGACUCUAAAUGUUGUACUUACGUCCUGUAUGCUACAGUCCCAAAGACGACUCUCUUUCACCAAUGUGUCAGUGAUCAACCUAAUAACCGUGCACUCUUUAUUUCUUUUCACGGUGCCGUUUCGUAUUUUUUACUAUGCUUCUGAUACAUGGACCCUGGGCCAACCUUUCUGCAAAAUUGUCAGUGUUAUGAUCCAUGCUCAUAUGUAUCUUGCAUUUAUCUUUUAUGUCUUCCUUCUUAUUGUGCGUUAUGUGGAGAACUUUAGUCAGCAGCACUCGCUAAAUUUCCACCGCGUUCUUCACGCCACAGUCGCGAGCACAGUUGUCUGGCUUGUCAUUUUUGGCAUUAUGUUCCCCCCAACUAUGGUUAAGUAUGGACUACAAACAUACGGCAACGAUUCAACUCAGUGCUUUAAUUUUGGUGAGGCUCUUAAAGAUUCUGCUGUGAAGAUCUUAAACUAUCUUAUCUGCACAACAGUUUUGCUGGUCUGGAGUGUGCUGUUGUUUUAUCAGAUUUAUUUUCUGCUCUAUGUGGGUAAGAAAUAUGGCACACGUGACCGUCAAGAAUUCUGGGUACAAAUGAAAAAUUCUGUUUUCCUGAUGGUAAUGUUCUUUUGUUUCGUGCCCUACCAAGUUUUUAGGAUCUAUUAUGUUAGUAAAGACGUGAGUUCUGAUUCUGAACUUCAGAAUAUAAAUGAAAUAUUUCUUGCUUUCACUGCUUUCAGCUGCUUUGAUAUGAUUGUUUUCGCUGGAAGGGAUUUAUAUAAAUACAUUAUGUCAAGGGGAUGCAUGUAUUAAAUGUCUACUUUGAUGUGUACAUUUCUAUAUUGGUGUAACAUGAUUAAUCGUGGCGGCUGGUCCAAAAAGUUUGGGGGGGGGGGGCGCAAACAAACUCAAAAUCAAACUUUUACUGUAGUAAUGCAGGACUGUUUAUUGCCAUUUAUCAAGUAACGAUGCAUCAUUACUGCUAAGCUAAAAUGCUGAAAAUGUUUUUGUUAAAGUCAACUAAAGCAUUAAAUAAAUGUACUAUGAAUCUGUGAACUUCAAGGUAAUCAUUCACACAUGCACACACACACACAUUUUUUUGAUGAGGAGCAUUGUAAAAAUUCUAUCAUUGUCAAUUAUUAUCCGUCAUUUCAUGUUUUUAUUAUCUGUUUUUGUUCACAUGUUCAUUUCUAAUCAUGAACUUCCAAGAUGAGCAUACAAGUUGAAAUGUGUUUAUUUAUUUGUGAAGAAGAGAACAGAUACAAUAAACAUCACAUGAAGCAGACGAAUGAAUGCUUUUUUGCAGUGACAGCGGAGGCAAUAAAACAUGCUAACUUUGUGCUGAACAGGCAAAUAUGAACAAAUCAAAUCACCAAAUACCCAUGCGAAUAAAAUAACAAACGUGUAAAAAUCUGAAUUAAACCUAACUCAU